CAAACAGCAGACAGAGAGAGAGAGAGAGAGAGAGAGCAAACCCCCGCUAAACUUGGUGUGCGCUGUUUCUAAAUAUAGCUUUGAGCUGAGGCUGAGCCCCGCCUGAUGAGAGCCCCUCGUCUUCCUCCUCUGGAUCACUCACAGAUUCCUCACAUUCACUAAGCAAAUCACUUCUGACGUAGAUCCAUCUUCCAGAUAUUCCUACCCCAUACAUUCUGUUAGUGUUGGAUUUAUACAGACUCGUAUGUCUCGAGCUCCGAACUACGAGUUCCAGGAAUGGUGGAACAAGCAGAGAGACAAGGACCUGGAGCUCCUUCCCCAACCUUCCUCUGACAUUCCUCUUAAUUCCACUUCUUUUCUUUCCGUCCAGAUCAGCUCCGAUCCGACGGUCGACAAGGGCCGCGCUCGUAGCGCUCGCCAGCUUUCCUGGCUCUGCCUCUUGAGGUUCCAGCAUAUCGCCGCCUCCAUCGCCUCCCUCACCACCGCCUUCCUUUCCCUUAUCCGUACUGCCAACCGUCGGAUCUCCUCCCGGACUCUGCCGCACUCGUCCUCCUCGCGUCUCUACCGCGCGAUCAAGGCGUUCUUGGUCGUGGUUCUGCUCUUGUUGUCCAUCGAACUCGUCGCUUACUUCAAAGGAUGGCAUUUCAGGCCGCCCGUGGCGUCCGCCACCGAGGUGUUGGGAAUGGUAGGGUUCGUGUACGCCAAUUGGCUGGACAUUCGCGCCAAUUACUUGGCUCCGCCGCUGCAGAGCUUAACCAAUGUAUGCAUCGUGCUGUUUCUGAUUCAGUCGGUGGACCGCAUCGCCUUGAUUCUCGGAUGUUUCUGGAUCAAAUUCCGGAGAUUGAAGCCCGUGGCACUGAUGGAAUAUGCCGCUGAUGCGGAGAAUGCAAAUGCCGAUUAUUAUCCGAUGGUAUUGGUGCAAAUCCCAAUGUGCAAUGAGAGGGAGGUUUACCAACAAUCUAUUGCAGCAGUUUGUAUCCAGGACUGGCCAAAGGAGAGAAUGCUUGUACAGGUUUUAGAUGAUUCUGAUGACUUAGAUGUGCAACUCCUUAUCAAGGCAGAAGUACAGAAAUGGCAACAAAGGGGUGUUCGCAUAUUAUAUAGACAUCGUCUGAUUCGCACUGGCUAUAAGGCUGGGAAUCUCAAAUCUGCAAUGAGCUGUGAUUAUGUAAAAGAUUAUGAGUUUGUGGCAAUCUUUGAUGCAGAUUUUCAACCAGGACCCGACUUCUUGAAGAAAACCAUUCCUUAUUUUAAGGGGAAUGAUGAUCUGGCAUUGGUCCAGACAAGGUGGUCAUUUGUGAACAAGGAUGAGAACUUGCUUACAAGAUUGCAGAACAUAAACUUAUCAUUUCACUUUGAGGUUGAACAACAGGUCAAUGGCAUGUUUAUAAACUUCUUUGGGUUUAAUGGAACUGCUGGUGUUUGGAGAAUUAAAGCUCUUGAAGAAUGUGGUGGCUGGUUGGAACGAACAACUGUUGAGGACAUGGACAUUGCUGUUCGUGCUCAUCUUUGUGGUUGGAAAUUCAUAUAUCUGAAUGAUGUUAAGUGCCUUUGUGAGCUCCCAGAAUCCUAUGAAGCAUAUAAGAAACAGCAACAUCGAUGGCAUUCAGGUCCAAUGCAGCUGUUCCGUUUGUGCUUUGUUGACAUACUCCGCUCAAAGGUGAGUUUGGCCAAGAAAGCCAAUUUGAUAUUUCUUUUCUUCCUCCUACGGAAGCUUAUCCUGCCAUUUUAUUCAUUCACUCUCUUCUGCAUCAUUCUUCCCAUGACAAUGUUCAUGCCAGAAGCUCAUCUACCAGCUUGGGUUGUUUGUUAUGUUCCCGGAAUCAUGUCUAUCUUAAACAUCCUUCCUGCACCACGGUCAUUCCCAUUUAUAGUUCCUUACCUGCUUUUUGAGAACACAAUGUCCGUGACCAAGUUUAAUGCCAUGAUAUCUGGAUUGUUUCGGUUUGGUAGUUCUUAUGAGUGGAUAGUGACAAAGAAAUUGGGAAGAUCAUCAGAGACAGACCUAGUUGCCUUUGAGAAGGAAUCUGAUCCACUAAUGGAAAAUAUCAGUCUUCCCAGGUCGUCCUCGGAUUCAGGCCUGGAAGAGCUGAACAAACUAGAGAUGUCAAAGAAAACUGGGAAAAGUAGAAGAAACCGUUUGUAUAGGAAGGAACUGGCACUCGCAUUCAUUUUGUUAACUGCCUCGGUGAGAAGCUUGUUGUCUGCCCAAGGAAUUCAUUUCUAUUUUCUAUUAUUCCAAGGAUUCAGUUUCUUAGUUGUUGGUCUGGACCUGAUAGGAGAGCAGGUGAGUUGACCUGUAGGGUUUUUUUUUUUUAGCAAUCUUGGAAAAUGAUUUCCCAGGAUUUGAACUGGGGAUUUAGUUCACCCUUAGUGGAGCCGAUGUGCCGACCAAGCAUUAGCAGUUCAUACCUGCUAUCUGGGGUUUUGCAGAUACGAAUUGAAGCGAUUUCAUCAUGCUUGGCACAUAUUUGUAGUCUUUACAUUUAUCAGUUGUGUAAAGGGAUAUUGUAUCAUUGUUGUUGCCUUUGUGGCAUUCCUCAACGUAAAGUUGUACUAAGGUUUUAAAGGGAUAUGACCCUCAAAAUAGUGCAGGGGCAAGAAUUCUUAAUUCCAACCUGUUUGGAAUGGCUACCGUGUAAGUCAGGAAUUGUUAAGAGUAUAUUACAUUCUUUAUGUUGUGUUAUCUUCGGAUUGUGUAAGAUCAGAUAUAUUUUAAUCACAUUUCGUUGGAAUGAAA